UCUCUUUCUCUCUCCCCUCAUCUCUCUGUUAGGAGAUGGUUCAGUUCUACCAGCAACAUUCAUUGAAGGAGUAUUUUAAGGAUGUGGACACCACCCUCCAGACCCCCUUCAACCAGCCUGAACAGAGUGAUACACCCUUCAACACACCCUCCCCAGGUACACAAACACACACCACCCUCCAGACCCCCUUCAACCAGCCUGAACAGAGUGAUACACCCUUCAACACACCCUCCCCAGGUACACAAACCACCCUCCAGACCCCCUUCAACCAGCCUGAACAGAGUGAUACACCCUUCAACACACCCUCCCCAGGUACACACACCACCCUCCAGACCCCCUUCAACCAGCCUGAACAGAGUGAUACACCCUUCAACACACCCUCCCCAGGUACACAAACCACCCUCCAGACCCCCUUCAACCAGCCUGAACAGAGUGAUACACCCUUCAACACACCCUCCCCAGGUACACAAACACACACCACCCUCCAGACCCCCUUCAACCAGCCUGAACAGAGUGAUACACCCUUCAACACACCCUCCCCAGGUACACAAACACACACCACCCUCCAGACCCCCUUCAACCAGCCUGAACAGAGUGAUACACCCUUCAACACACCCUCCCCAGGUGGCAGUAUGCGUUCGUUCGGCACAGCGAGGGCCAGGUAUGACUUCUCAGCCAGAGACCGUACAGAGCUGUCUCUGAGAGAAGGAGACACAGUCAAGGUCCUGUCUAAGAAAGCUCACAAUGGAUGGUGGAAAGGAGAGGUCUAUGGACGGGUCGGUCUGUUCCCAGCUAACUAUGUAGAAGAGGAUUACUCUGAAUACUGCUGAUGUCGCCUCAGACCUUCACCUGUGUGACUACAGUGUGUCCCAAUUCAAUCCCUACCCCUUCCCUUGCCCCUAACCAGUGCAGUCAAAAAUGUGAUUUUACUGUUUUGUUUUUUUCAACAAUUUCUCCACACUAUGAGGUUGAAAUAACACUCUGAAAUUGUAUAAAAUUACGAUAAUGUCCUUUUGAAAACAAUGCUUGGAAUUUCAGCCUGUUCAGGUGGGAUGGAGUUUUUGAGCCCAGAGCAUGACAUCACAAUUUGAUCUGAUUUUUCUGACCAAUGACCAGUCAUCUUUUAUUUGCAUAUGUCUCCACCUACUUUGAAGGGGUAAGCAGGGUAGGCUCUAGUGCAGGGAUGGGCAACUCCAGUCCCACUGUUUCCCUAGCAAACACAGCUGAUUAGACUGGCUGUGUUCUGAACUGAAGAACGUGAUCAUUGCAUUACUGGAGUCAGAUGUCUUAGCUGGGGCUGAAGUGUGACACCAAUCAGGCCCCCGAGGACUGGAGUUGCCUAUCCCUGCUCUAGAGACUAGACAAUCCUAUCCACCAAUCAGAGCUGUGCAUGUAAAUAUAUUAAAAUUUUUAUCAACACACCGACACGAUCAGACAGAGCAUUCCAGUGGCUGAAGGAGGCUCAGGGAAAUAAAUGAUAAAACAUUUAUUUGAAGUUAUUUUCAUGAAGUAAACACAGUGAUUUAUUAGACAUCCAGUGAUGAUUUAAAAUAAAAAAAAUAAAAAGA